GACAGAGAAUGGACAGAAGAUGAGAGAGUGGAAAUGGAGAAAUCUGCUCUAUGGAUUGAAUAUAACAAAGAUGAAAAAAAGGGUUUUACUGAAUUUGCAAAGAAGAACCGAAAACUGAAAGAAACUGAAGAGCAGCUAAAAAACACUAAGCUGGAACUGGACAGCACGUGUAAAUCACUGGAACAUAAAGAGCAACAGCUAGAGGACUGUAAAAGACUAAUAAAUAAUAAAGAUACAGAACUGAGAAACAGAGAGAAAAUCAUGCAGGAGAAAAAUACACUACUCAAAGAUACAAAUACAAAACUAGAGAAGACGACUAAAGAGCUACAGGAGAGAGAAAGAGCUCUACAUGAGAGAGCUCAACAACUGAAACUGAAAGACACACAGAUGCAGGAGGCACGAAUACAAGUGGAGGAAAAGGAGAAAAGACUUGUGGAGAAGGAUAAAAAAUUAAAUGAGAAAAAUGAACAGCUGAAGGUUCUAAAAGAACGUUUAGAGACUAAUGAGAAGCCUCUUUCUGAGAGAGGUGUAAUGUUAAUGGACACAAAUGAAAAACUUCAAAAUGUCACUGAACAAAUUAAGGAGAAAAUCUCAGAACUGGAGAAUAUUUACAAACUGCUGAGUGAGAAAGAAACACAGCUGAAGAACACAGAUAAAGAGCUGGAAACCAGUAAAAAUAAACUGGAGACACUGGGACAGGAGCUGCAGGACAAGAAGAGACAGCUACAGGAGAUGAUGGUCGUACUGGAGCAACAGAAAACUGAGUUAGCAGAAAAAAACAAACAGAAUGAGAGAGAAACACAGCUAAUGGAAAGAGACAAACAGCUUCAGGAGAAAUACACACUUCUAGAGGAGAAAAAAAAGCAGCUGCAGGAACAGACAUAUCCAGAAUCAUCAGCUCCCAUCAGAAGAAGAAACAGCAAUGAUUGGUUACCUCCAGCAAUGAGCAGAGAGACUCAGGACUCAGCAGCACCAAUCAGGAGAAGAAAUAGUAUGGAGGGAAGAUGCCUAAAAUUGGUUGGAGAAUCGUCUAGUCCACAUUCUCCCGUGUCGGUUCCUGUAGCCGAACUGAGGCUGGUGCUGCUGGGAAGGACUGGGUCUGGAAAGAGUGCAGCAGGAAACACCAUCCUGGGCAGAGUGGAGAGGAACCAGGCUGCUACAUCUACAGCUACAUCUACAUCCACCCAACAGAGUGACAGCACACAGGGAGAGGUGGCUGGGAGGAAGGUGUCUGUGGUGGACACAUCUGACUGGUUCUCUCCUGGAAUCUCUCUGGAGAAGCUGAGACAGGAUGUGGGACUCUGUGUCCGUCUGUCUGCUCCAGGAACCCACGCCUUCCUCCUGCUCAUACCUGUAAAGCAGCCCAUAGGAGAGGAGAGAGGCACGUUGGAGAAAAUGGAGGAGAUGUUUGGAGAGAGAUGUUGGAGAAACACAAUGAUCAUAUUCAGUGUUACUGAUGAACUUCAGAAGAAGAACAUUGAGGAGUUUAUCCAAUCCGGAGACCAGGAGGUCCAGAUACUUGUAGAGAAAUGCGGGAACAGGUUUCACUGUCUCAACAUUAAGGAAAGUGGAGAUGGUUCUCAGGUCUCAGAGCUGCUGGAGAAGAUAGAGAAGAUGGUGGAAGGAAGCAGAGAGAAAUUCUACAGCAGUGAGAUCUACCUGGAGACAGAAUCUCAGAUUAGAGCAAUGGAGACAAAGAUCCUGAAGGAAAGAGAAGAGAAAAGAAUGAGAGUGGAGAUGGAGAUGAUGAAAAAAAUAGAAAAGGAGAUGCAUGAUUCUCUGAGAAAGAUAGAGGGAGUGAUCCAGGAGCAUGAAGGAGACAUCAGACAACUUAAUGACCGAACAACUGAACUGGAGAGAAAGAUGAAAGAAGAGAAGGAUGAGGAGACAAAGAGAGAACUUGGGAGGGAGCUGAAACAAGAGGUAGACAGAAGGACAGAGAUGGAAGAAAAGGUGAAGAAACUAAAAGAAAAGAGAGAGAGGGAGAGGAGAGAGAUGGAGGAGAGGCAUCAACAGGAGAUGGAGGAAAUCAGGGAGGUGUAUGAAGGAGAAGUCAGGAUGGAGGCAGAGAAAAACCUCAUGAAGAUCAUCCUGCCUGAACUCCAGAGAAACAUUUUGGCCUCAAAAACAAAGAUGCAGGAAGAGUUCAGCAGACAGAUGGAGGAGAAGCAUAGAGAGCUGGAAACUCUUAAACAGAAACUUUCAGAGCUCACAGAGAUUCUCAGACUGAGGGAUGAAGUCUAACAGACAACAGUGAUGAGCUUAACAUAUCAGAACCAGCAGCAGCUUUAAAUUGUGUUAACAGUGUAUGUAUGACUUUGGGUAAAAAUCACAGAAUUAUUUUUAUUGUGGCUUGAAAUCAGCAGUCUUAUAUAACUGCAUUAUUUUCUUGCUCACCACCGUGUUUUAUUCCAUAAUGGUGCUAGUUAGGGGAGUCUAUAAUGAUAUAAACACAGGAACUGAAAUCAUGCAGUGACACUUUUCCUGUGUUUAAUAAUGUUAUGAUGUCACUUUUACUUUUUAAACUCAGUUCUCCUCCUUUCUGGUUCUGCGUCUUAAUUCAUGCCUCAUUUCUGUAAUAGAAACACAACAACAUACUCUAUAUGUGUAAUCCAGUUGAAUAUAUUUUAUUAACGAUGCAUUAAAUGUUUUUACUUUAUAUGCAAAUAUAUAAGAAUAUAAAUAAGAAUUGUAAUAAAUCCCUCCACCAGUAGUGGCCAAAAACAAGCUGUUGUUUAUUUUUCUUUUUCAUGAUGGAAGGCAGAUUGGAUCCUUAUUUCUGCACAUCAGUGGAUGAGUAACAGCAGAACAGAUCUAU